AUGACCGAUUCACCCGCCCCUCGAAUCCCUCUCGAUCCGGCCGAACAACCCAUUCUCGACAAACUCCUCACCAUCCGCGACAACCUCUCCAUCUUGAAGUCCGAUCGGUCCACGUAUGUCAAGAGCCACGAUGUCGUCAAGUACUACGAUCAAGUUAUCGUGCAGGUGGAGGCGCUGAACAAGCUUCGCAUCAACAAACGCGACGAGCAGAACCGGGUGGACACCGUGCUCGACGAUUGCUUCCAACUCAUCAGCCUCUUCUUCCUCACCAUCGGACGCAAUCAGGAAGCACCGGCGGUGUACAGUGCGAUCAGCACCGUGAAAAGGCUGCUCGACCACCUGAAGGAGGCCGGCUUCUACUCGCUCAAAGACUUGCAGGGCAUCGACCGCAAGCUGGGCGAGUGGCAGGCGUCGGUGGACCGGGGCGAAGACUCGCAUUCCGAGCAGCUCAUCACCCUACUGCACGCACGCAUCGAUGUGUGCAGGAAGACGCUCAAGGAGUUGCAGGACAGUCUCAGCCGCGUGGGUCCGGACAUGAUGCACAAACACGAAAAGCUCGUCAGCAUUUUGAGGUCGCUCUCCGCGUGUAAUACUCGAUCAAAGUUCCCCACCAAGGAGGUCGACGAUUUGGAGCGCGAGAUGCUGAAGAUACAAGACGAGGUGCACGCUGAGAGGCUCACUCACGAAGGGCAGAACCCCGAGGAAGCAUAUGCCGCGCGCCUCUCCCUCCUCAGCUUGACCGAAGGGGAAGUGCCCGACGGUCGUACCGUGAUCCAAGCCCUCCUCGCACGCUGCACACUCUGGAUCGAAAUCAUACGGCAAAAGCAAGGCAAAAUUGACGAUCGCUUCUCCGACCUCUACGACAAACUGCUUAAGAUCCGAAACCAGCUGGAGCAAAUGCACUUGACCCAGGCGUGGUCCUUGCGAGAAACCGAUCUCUACUCCUACCAACGCCAGCUCGACAGGGUAGACGAGUCAAGGGUCGACGGCAACUUCCUCGACGGCGCAGGGCGUCCGGCGGAUCUGCACGCGCAGCGAACCCUGCUCUACCUCCUUCGCCGAAGCUAUGCGUUCAUCUUCCAAUACAUUGUCCAAUCCGAACCCGUCUCCGAAGCUCUGCUCCCAAUCUACAACCAACUGCUCACACUCAAGCGGUGUCUACUCGAGGUGCAACGGUCCGGCGGAGUCGACAGUCCGAGAGAGCUGUAUCCAUACUCGAUGAAGCUGAACAGCAUCGACAACAUGAAGAAGGACGGCAAGUUCAUGGUGGGCGGCGACAUUCCGGAAGGCCAGGCGAGCGUGAUGAAUCUGCUCAGCGAGUGCUUCGAAUUGGCGUACGAGCUGCGGACGGAGGCGGAGGAGAAGAAGGAUGCUGGCGAGGAGCCGGACGCAAGCCAGAGCAACGGUGUUGGCAACCGGACCACGCAAGCCUGA